AUGGAAGUCGACCCGGAAUCCACAGGAGCAGCAACUCGCACAAACCAAAGCGGACUGGAGCCUUCCACCAGCCUGCCAAGCAUUAAGAAUCUGUUCGGCCUCGAGCGAAAGGAGCCGCUGGCCUCCGUCCGACGUGUUGACGGCUUGUCGGACGAUGGUCACUCUUCCAUCGGAACCGCUACGCCAGGCUCCCCUGCUGGCCUGCCCGCAUCGACAUCUACCCACUCGGUCGACCGACGUGGCCAUCGCGGCCAUGCCAGCACAAGCAGCUUCUCUGAAUUCCAAUCGGGCCUCACGCACAGUUCUAGCUCCUCGUCGCUCGGUCCCAUUCGCACCCGCCACCCGUCCAACGCUUCGGGCUCGUACGGUCGAGCCACAGGGCUGGUGCCAAGCACGCCUCCACGCCAUGUCGGUUCUUCGACGCUAGCGUUCAGCCCCGAAGAUGCUAGCGCGAGGCGCAGGGUCGACUCACGCUCCCGGCAGGCACAGGCGCUCAAGGGGCUCAUUCUCUCACCACCGUCCCGCAGACUACCGCUGGAAGGUGAUGGGCCCGCUUCUGACAUGCACGCCGGCUCGCAACGACGUAGCGGGCAUCGUCCUGCCUCGUCAGCUUCCGGCUCACUCUCGACACUCUUCUCGCACAUUUCGACCUCAUCCGAUCCCGCGCCCAUGCUGCCUCCAGGCUACGUACCCUCGGUGCAAACCUCCGAGGAGAGUGUUCCUCACGAAGGAUGGGGUACUGGGAGCGCGCCUUCGGACAGCACCAGUCCACGCACCAGCUGGCACAGCCGCUCAUCGACCCUCGAGUCAGGCGAGGCAGCCUACAAGAUGACCGGCGGCGAUCGUGCACCGGGGGGAUCGCUGCUACCGCCGUUUCGUGAAGCGCAUUACGCACAAGGCGAGCCUCCACGGCACUCGCCGGAACAGCAAUUCUCGAGCCUUUCUCGUCACAGGUCGAUGCGCACUCCUGGCUCCUCUGCCAAUCUGCCCGGCGCAAGUCGACCGCGCGCUCGCACUUUGACGCAUGGCGACCGUCCCAUCGCUCCCCUGCCCAAUUCGGAUGAUCCAGCGAGGAAGCAGCGGCUUGAGGCCGCUUCGGAGCUGUUGCGGAUGGGACAGCCGAGAGGCGACGACCCGCACCUGGUCGGUGGCGGACGCGGAUAUUCACACAAGCACAGCAUGUCGAUGCAAGAACGCGUCCCGCUUCCCAUCGAGCUUUAUGAGAACGCAAACACGAUUCGAAGCCACCGCCCCAAGUCUCACUCGAUGUCUGGCCAGGAGCCUUUUGAUCCUAGCAUGAUGAUGCACCAUGGCCCGCCCGGAAUGCAGGCGCCGGGGCCAGGUGCGCCCAUGUUUGACCGAGGUGGACCACCGCCUCCGCCAGGGGGCUCUGGCGCAUUUGACUCGUUCCAUCCGAGGCGAGGACGCGGCGCUGGCGAUGAAGCACCCCGCCCAGGUGGCGCCGGCUGGGUUUUUCCACGCCGACCUGUUUCGUCGGAAUCGGCCGAGGCGCAGCGCAGCGCGUUCCAGGCACAGAUGAUGCGAGGGCAAGCACUGGCCAGCGUACCCGACGGGAUCAUUUCUGCUCAGCACGGCGGUGCGUUCGGCGGCGCUGGCGUACGUGCAGCACCGAGCACGACAGGCACCAUCGCAUCUGGUCAAGCCAAGUACGAAUGCGCCUGGUGCGGCAAGAGGUUUUCGCGUCCUUCGAGCCUCAAGAUCCAUCACCAUUCUCACACGGGUGAAAAGCCGUUUGUGUGCAACGAACCUGGAUGUGGUCGCUCGUUCAGCGUUCAAUCCAAUCUGCGAAGACACCAAAAGUGCCAUGGACCUGGCGGCGAUCAAUCCGAGCUCGAACCGUCCCGUCAGCAGCAAGGACACGUAGCGAGUCGUAGCGACGACGGCUAUUGGGCACGUGGACCACCUCCUCCUGCUGCCUCCUCCGGCGCAAGAAUGAGCCCUAUCGCCGGUGGAAGCGGCGGUGCAUGGCAUCCAGGCCAUAUGGGCUACGGUCCCGGGCCCAGCUCGGGACCGGCACAUGGACCUGGGCAUCAGUAUGGCAUGGGACCACCGCCAGGAGGGCCGAUACCGCCUCAGAUGCAGAUGCAGAUGCAAAUGCACAUGCACGGCAAGGAUCAUCCGCCGCUCUCGCGAUCGGCAUACGAACCAGGUUCACGCAGCAUGAACACCUGGACCGAAAUGCGCGGCGCUAACAUGCCACCGCCUGGUUACCGAGACUAUGAGCGCGGUGCACCUGUCGAGGGCUACGGCAUGUCGGCAUCUCCGCGUCGUUUCUCGCAGACGCGAGAACGUCGGCUGUCCGAGUCGUCGGUAGAGGAGGAAGAGGAGGACGAGCUGCUGCACGAAGAUGAGCAGCCCGAAACUCGACCUGAUCUCAAGACGGAGCGUGCGGAUCCUCAUCUACGCAGAGCCGAGGUCGACUCGCUGCCAAGAGGCUCCACCUCGGGCGGAGGCUCGAGCGAAGACGAGGCGGACACGACGGUCACCAUGCGGAGCGGACCACGACCCAGAAGCACCACGACCGGCAGCGCAACUUCGAAGCUGCGCGCCGGUUUCAACUCGCUCUUGAAUCCUGAAAGCCAUCAGCCGGAAGCUAGCGUCAAGGAUGAGCGCUAG